GGUUGGCUGAACUGGCGCACCGGGAGUAUCAGUCAGGGGACUUUGAGGCAGCUGAACGCCACUGCAUGCAGCUAUGGAGGCAGGAGCCUGAUAACACAGGCGUACUGCUGCUCCUGUCCUCCAUCCACUUCCAAUGCCGAAGACUCGACAGGUCUGCUCACUUCAGCACCUUGGCCAUCAAACAGAACCCAAUGCUGGCAGAGGCCUACUCCAACCUGGGAAACGUGUACAAAGAGCGAGGGCAACUGCAGGAGGCCAUCGAGCAUUAUCGUCAUGCACUGAGACUGAAGCCAGAUUUCAUAGAUGGCUACAUCAACUUGGCAGCAGCUCUGGUGGCCGCAGGGGACAUGGAGGGAGCAGUGCAGGCUUAUGUAUCUGCCUUACAGUAUAACCCUGAUCUUUACUGUGUGCGUAGUGACUUGGGCAACUUGCUUAAAGCCCUUGGGCGUUUGGAAGAGGCCAAGGCUUGUUACCUGAAAGCCAUAGAGACUCAACCCAACUUUGCAGUGGCUUGGAGCAACCUGGGCUGUGUGUUUAAUGCCCAAGGAGAGAUUUGGCUGGCCAUACAUCAUUUUGAAAAGGCUGUGACUCUGGACCCAAAUUUCCUUGACGCAUACAUCAAUUUAGGAAAUGUUUUGAAAGAAGCUCGGAUCUUUGACAGAGCUGUGGCUGGAUACCUGAGAGCCCUUAGUCUAAGCCCCAACCAUGCAGUUGUCCAUGGAAACCUGGCCUGUGUCUACUAUGAACAAGGCCUCAUCGACCUUGCUAUUGACACCUACCGUCGAGCUAUUGAAUUGCCCCACUUCCCGGACGCCUACUGUAAUUUGGCAAAUGCCCUGAAGGAGAAAGGCAAUGUUUCAGAAGCAGAAGAGUGCUACAACACAGCCUUGCGGUUGUGUCCAACACACGCAGACUCCCUUAACAACUUGGCCAAUAUUAAACGUGAACAAGGCAACAUUGAAGAGGCAGUUCAGCUCUAUAGGAAAGCACUGGAGGUGUUCCCUGAGUUUGCAGCAGCUCACUCCAACCUGGCCAGUGUCCUGCAGCAACAAGGCAAACUCCAGGAGGCCCUCAUGCACUACAAGGAGGCCAUCAGAAUCAGCCCCACAUUUGCUGAUGCCUACUCCAACAUGGGCAAUACACUAAAGGAAAUGCAAGACGUACAGGGAGCGCUCCAAUGCUACACUCGUGCCAUCCAGAUCAACCCUGCCUUUGCUGAUGCUCACAGCAAUUUGGCUUCAAUCCACAAGGAUUCUGGUAACAUCCCAGAAGCCAUUGCAUCAUGUACAGCCUUGAAACUCAAGCCUGACUUCCCUGAUGCUUACUGCAACCUAGCCCACUGUCUGCAGAUUGUGUGUGACUGGACAGAUUAUGACGAGCGAAUGAAGAAGCUUGUUAGCAUCGUGGCAGACCAGCUGGAUAAGAACCGCUUGCCAUCAGUGCACCCACACCACAGCAUGCUGUACCCACUCUCUCAUGGCUUCCGCAAGGCUAUUGCUGAACGCCAUGGAAACCUUUGCCUGGACAAGAUUAAUGCACUGCACAAACCUGCUUUCGAGCAUCCGAAGGAUCUGAAGGCCAGCGGUGGACGUCUGCGUGUUGGCUACGUCAGCUCUGACUUUGGCAACCACCCUACUUCCCACCUGAUGCAGUCCAUUCCUGGAAUGCACAAUCCAGAGAAAUUUGAGGUGUUCUGCUAUGCACUCAGCCCUGAUGAUAGCACCAACUUCCGUGUAAAGGUGGUAGCCGAAGCUCAUCAUUUCACAGACCUGUCACAGAUUCCUUGCAAUGGUAAGGCAGCUGAUCGUAUUCACCAGGACGGAAUCCACAUUCUGGUCAACAUGAACGGUUACACCAAGGGAGCCCGAAAUGAGCUGUUUGCCCUCCGUCCUGCUCCCAUUCAGACCAUGUGGCUGGGUUACCCUGGGACCAGCGGGGCUCCCUUCAUGGACUACAUAGUCUCCGACAAAGAGACGUCUCCCUUUGAAGUAGCUGAGCAGUAUUCUGAGAAACUGGCCUACAUGCCCCACACCUUCUUCAUUGGAGACCAUGCCAACAUGUUCCCUCACCUUAAGAAAAAGGCGGUGAUUGAUUUCAAGUCAAAUGGACACAUAUUUGACAACCGAAUUGUUCUCAAUGGUAUUGAUCUGAAGGCCUUCUUGGACAGUCUGCCUGAUGUUAAAGUGAUAAAGAUGAAGUGCGACAACAACCAGGAAGCUGCUGGAGACACCAAUGGAGCUCUAUCCAUGCCUGUUAUCCCAAUGAACACAGCAGCUGAAGCAAUCAUUAACAUGAUCAACCAAGGCCAAAUCCAAGUCACAAUCAAUGGCUUCACUGUCAGCAACGGCCUGGCCACCACACAGAUCACAGAUUUGAUUGUAGUCUCCAAGACUCUGACCUUACAGAUCAACAACAAAGCUGCCACUGGAGAGGAGAUGCCUCGCACAAUCGUAGUGACAACACGCUCCCAGUAUGGUCUGCCAGAGGACUCCAUCGUCUACUGCAACUUCAACCAGCUCUACAAGAUUGACCCCCCUACUCUUCAGAUGUGGGCCAAUAUCCUGAAGCGUGUGCCCAACAGCGUGUUGUGGCUUCUUCGCUUCCCAGCAGUGGGCGAGCCCAACAUCCAGCAGUACGCUCAGAACAUGGGUCUGCCUGGCUCUCGCAUCAUCUUCUCUCCUGUGGCCCCUAAGGAGGAGCAUGUUAGAAGAGGCCAACUGGCCGAUGUGUGCCUGGACACUCCGCUCUGUAACGGUCACACCACAGGCAUGGACGUCCUCUGGGCUGGAACACCCAUGGUCACCAUGCCAGGUGAGACCCUUGCCUCCCGUGUUGCCGCCUCACAACUGAGAUGUUUGGGCUGCCCGGAGAUGAUAGCCCUGAGUCGCCAGGACUACGAGGACAUCGCAGUAAAACUGGGCUCUGACAUGGAAUUCCUGAAGAUGGUGAGAGCCCGUGUUUGGAAGCAGCGAAUCUGCAGCCCUCUUUUCAACACCAAGCAGUACACAAUGGACCUGGAGAGGCUCUAUCUGCAGAUGUGGGACCACCAUAGCAAAGGCAACAAGCCAGAGCACAUGGUCCAAACAGUAGAGGCCAGUGAAAAUGCCUGAGCUGGAAGCAUGUUUAGUUAUUUUUCCUUCCACCCACACCAUAUCGAACCAUCCUCGUCCCUUUUUUUCUUUUAAACCAUUUUCUGCCCCAUAGUCUGGAAUGGUCAGUUUUCUCACCAACCCUCUUCCCCAGUGAACGUCUCCAUCUCUCUCUCUUUAAAUGGAACUCUUUAUGUGAAGGAGCCAACAGAUGUACACAUCAGUCCACUGACACAUGCACCAGUGCAUCACACACCUGCAUUUCUUGAGCCAGAUAGAGCCUGAGUCUUUCAGGUUGAUAAUCUGAGACUCUUGUCCUAAAAAACAGUUUAUUUGGUGAGCAUGAGAGGAUUGAGUACCUGCUUACCCCUUCACUUCUUGGAUCGGUGGAUUUCUUUUUGCUUGUCAGUGUAUAUAAGACUUAUUGCAGCUUUUGGAGAGAAUGCCCAGCAGUCAUUAUUUGUUGAUCUAUUUAUAAAUGGAUUAAGAGUGUUGUGUGUUUUAAAAGGACUAUGUUGCACCAUGAAAAUUGUAACUGACUUUAAGUUUCAUCAGCUUUAACAUGCAAGUGUAAAACAUAGGUUGUGACUGCUCUUUAGUUUGUCUUAAGCUGUUAUUAAAUUACUGCAAUGAAUAGAUUUGCAAGUUCUAAGAAAAAAUGUCUAUGUAGACAUCUACCCCCCCACACCAAAUGCCAACUUUUAAUUGAUUUUGUUGUCAAUCAAGGAAUAUGUUAAGUAGCUGUCAAUGUGUUUGAUGUCACACUAAGAUAAUUGGACAAAGGAGCUUCAACUCAUUGGAAAGGGCCGAUAAUGCUCUUUAGAUAUCAGAGCUGUUCACAAGAAAAGAUCUUGUUUGGUUUUUUUUAAAUCACUGAAACCAGGAACGGCCUAGGUAAGUAUUUUCUAUGCGUUUUUCUUUUUGUAUUGUCUGAUAACUGUAUGCUGUCAACAAUGCCACAAGGUUCAAGAUACUAUAAAAAAUAAAGAGAUGAAAAACUCUGUACUCUUC